AUGUUUCCAACACAACAAUACAUUGCCAGCAUAAGAGGGAUUUGUGUUGCUUCAGGUGAAGAGAGAAGAGUAGUAAAUGACACACUCAGUGCUCACAAGCAUUCUAUAAAGGCCAUUGAGAAUGAUUUUGGAGAUAUCUAUGACUGUGUUGAUAUCUACAAGCAGCCUGCUUUUGACCAUCCAUUGCUCCAGAAUCUUACUUUGCAGCAACACCAGCUAAUUGAUGCUUCACUGUACGCAGAUGAAACCAACUACUUCACUGCCAAAUGUCAACCAAGGCAAUCUCACCUCAAGAAACUGAGAUUAGUUUGCAUGAACUGGAUGAUGCUCCAGUUUGCGCAGAUCAAAAUGGCAAGAGGCAAGUACUACGGCAGUGCAGCAGACCUGAACGUGUACGGCUUGUUGGACGUCGGAGCUGAUCAAUUCAGCUCAAGUGCUAUAUGGGUGCUCAACGAUGGCGAUGGCCUUGGACCUCUGGAGCAAACCAAUGGCAUCACAGUGGGAUGGACAGUGAAUCCACCACUGUACGGUGAUACCAACACUCGUCUAUUCACAUUCUGGACUGCAGAUGGGUUUCAGAAGCAAGGUUGCUACGAUCUUCAUUGCCCAGGAUUCGUGCAAGUUUCUAGGGACGUUCCUCUUGGCGGAACCAUAAGCCCACUAUCUCAGAUUGAUGGAACUCAGUACUACAUCAGGUUGCUGAUAUAUAGAGAUCCAGUGACUGAGAACUGGUGGCUGGUGAUGGGAGAGGAAGAGAAGUUGAUAGGUUACUGGCCCAAGGCCCUGUUCAGCACUAUGAUCGCCCAUGCUAAUCUCAUCAACUGGGGAGGCUCAGCGUACAGCAGCUCAGGGGAAUGGAGUCCUCCAAUGGGCAGUGGGAGGUACUGCGAGGCUGGGGAAGGGGAGGCGUGCUACUUUGGUAGAGUGAAGCUUGUGGGGGAGGGGAAUGUGUACAGAGCCGUUGGCGAUAAGGAGGUCAAGUACUAUAGCAGUGGGUGCUAUGACGUGGGUGAAUUUGAUGAUUUAAGCAGUGGAGGAGGACAGUUCUUGUUUGGAGGACCGGGAUAUUGUUGA